GACGAAUAUAGACGUAAUGCUUGCAACAGUAUGAAGUAUAUAACGACCUGUGACACAUACAUUAAUAUACUUCUACAUAUCCCUUCGACUAAUCAAGUCGUCACGCAUCCAAAAAUAUGUCUUUCCUCAGAUUAGUCAUUUCCGCUAUUGCAAUUAUAGCAAGCUGUGAAGCUAGCGGGCUUGGACACUUCAUACCGGCAAUAAAAUCGAUACCAGUAGUGCGUUAUGCUCCAUUUUAUAGUUUUCCACAUGGAGUUCGCUCAAUACACGCAGUUGCUCCAGUAGUACGAGCCUUUGCUCCAGCAGUUCCCGUAGCACCAGCACCAGUUUUACCAGCUCCUGCGCCUAUACUUCCAGCUCCAGCACCAAUAUUUCCAGCAGCGGCUUAUGCUUUCCCGGCACCAACUCCUGUAUUCCGAGCUCCAGCUCCUGUAUUCCCGGCUCCUACGCCGAUUUUUAGAGCGCCAUUAUAUCCUGCUCCUUUACCGGCACCGGUAUUAGCACCUGCGCCAGCUAUUGCCCCCGCCCCUGUUUAUCCAGCAUACCCUAGAUUUGCUCCUAUUCCCGCUUUACCCGCAGCUCCUGUAUUUCCCAGAGUCUUACCUGCGCUACCAUCAGUACCUUUCUCACCUAUUGUUAGGCCUGUAGCUCCAACAGUAUUGCAAGCACCAGCUCCAAUUUUCUCACAACCACAUUUUGCUUUUACAAAAGCUCAUCCACUUCCGGUUCAUUUACACCCAGCUCCAUUAGAAAAACAUCUUGCAUGGAAAUGAUUCUAGUCUGAUAUUUAGUGGUAAGAUAUUGUUAUCGCUUUAAUUGUAGUAGUAUGUUGUUAUUGUUUUAGUAUUCUAAGUCAUUUUGUACUUGUCAAAAUAAAAUAUGUGAAACUAAA